AAAACGAAAAUUAAAAACAAAGCACAGCAGCGGAACGUAGUUGCGAGAAAAUCGCUCAAAUUUCUAGUGGAACUAAUUUAGAAGGCUCUCCAGGAUGUCGGUGAACACCGCCCACGCCAACAACGGCGUGCUCAUACACGCUGGCGAGUACAUACUGCUCCAUAGCGACAGCGUUUCCAUGGAAUUCUCGGGCCAGGACAAUCCCGUGUUCAAGGGCUCGAAGGCGGGACGCAUCUAUUUGACAUCGCAUCGCAUGAUCUUCAACAGCAAGAAAUCGGCAGACACCAUGCAGUCCUUCAGUGCCCCGUUCGUGGCUCUGUCCGAUGUGGAGAUUGAGCAGCCCGUCUUUGGGGCCAACUACAUCAAGGGCAAGGUGCGCGCCCAGCCCAACGGCAACUAUGUGGGCGAGGUCAAGUUCAAGCUGCACUUCAAGGCCGGCGGCGCCAUUGAGUAUGGACAGGCCCUGCUGCGGUCGGCCAAGACCGCAAUGAACAACUACCAUCGCGGGGGCAUUGCCGGCGACGAUCCGCCGCCGUACCAGCCGGCUGGAAACUGGAACGAGGCUCCGCCACCGGCCUACCAGCCGCCACCGGGCUACUAUGGUUGGUUGCCGCAGCACGAUGCCUUCAGUGGCCCAGCACCGAAUACGGUGUUCAUGAGCGACAAUCCGCCGCCGUAUCCGGGCAUCACACCGCCGAGCAAUCAGCCAGCACCACCACAGCCUCAGGGCCCAUCGAAUGAACCGAAUUGGUAUGGUUUUUCAGCGCCUCCGCAGCAGCAGCCGCAGUGGCAGGGGCAGGGGCAGGGCCAGGGGCAGGGAUGGGCUGGCGGCUAUGUCCAGCCACCGCCCUAUGCCGCCUGUGCACCAAACUGUCCGCCCGGACCUCCCUAUGCGGUUCCGGCUCAGACCUACAAUGGUCCGACCCCAUACGGCGGCUACAGCGGCUAUAACAACGUGCCUGGUGGCUUCAUGCAGCCCCAACAACAAGCGAACGGCUAUCCAGGAGGACCAGGAGGACCUCCUCCUGCCCAGCAGCAGCCACCGCAGCAAGCAGGAGCCGCUGCCGGCGCUGCGGGUGCCAGUUUUAUGGGCUUCAGUCUGCCGCCAGGAAAUUCCAAAGAAGCGGAAGCUGCUGCAAGUGCUUACAACACACCCUAUAAUCAAGGCGGUGCCGGUCCAUCCGGUGCCAGCGAAAUGCCUCCUUCAUAUAAUAACUUGCCGCCCAGCUAUGACGAUGCAGCAAGGAAGCCCCAAUAAAAUAUGCCCUAUGUUUCACUCCUGAUCAAAUAUAAUCCCAAUGGAAAUGUUAUCACUUGAAGCUCUAACUAAGGCUCAUUCCUGAGUAUAUCCAUCUGCAAAAGGCAAGAUGUAACUUUAAGUAUUAACUAUUGAUUGUAAGCCGUUCUCGAAAAUUCUUGAAACGGCUCUAAAGAUUCCUUAUACAGUUUUCAAGCUGAUUUCUGGUCACAACACUUUUUUUUUUUUGUAUUGGUUUUUUAAAUAUUGCAUCAACUGCAAUUAAUAGUUGUUAUUAUAUAUAAAUAUGUGUAUUGAAAUACAUUUAAA